AUGCCGCCGCCCUCCCACGUCAAAGACAUCGCUCCGCCGGAACACCUCACCUCGGUGGCCGCGAGCGGCUUCGCCUCUGGUGUGUUGCGGUUCGGCACGAUCUCGCUUCUGACGCACUUCUUGCUGAACCGCACCAACCCCAUCUACCGCGGCCUGACGGUGCAGUUCAAAGUGUACAUCCAGAUCAGCGCCAUGACGCUGGGCGGCUGUAUCUUCGCGGAGAAGCAGGUCACCGACUACAACAAUGCUGUGAGACGGCGGAAUCGUGCGCUGGAGAGAUCGCGGCGCGCCUGGAGUGAAGAGAUGGAGAUCAGAGAGCAGGCGGAGCAGAGGGCGACCAAGGCUCAGAUGGCGGCCGCGGCCAAGACCAUAACAGACGACGGACAGUGA